AUGAUCUCGAAAGUGCUGCCACCAUGGAUUCAGCCAAACCUCCUGCAGGUAUAUCUUGUAUGGGUGGACGGUUGGCUCUUUAUCUUGAACGGCCAUGACACAGCACCAAAGCAUCUCAUCAGCUUGGACGAACUGGCUUCUCUUUUCGACGAAGAAAAUAUAUACCAGUUGAUCGAUCAUACCCGUUUGAUGCAAGCCAUCCACUCACUCAAAGAACACCUUAAGGAUGGACGAGUCACAUUUGGCGGACAAAGGCCCCCUUCAUGUCAAGAGACGAACCUGCUUUCCGAACAAUAUAAUCCCCAGGUCGAGUGUAAAUGCGAGGAUAUCGAGCCCACCAUCCUGCAACAAAAUGAGUGUAACUCUGGGCAGCAUAAAUGCCAUGCCAUACGAAGCAUGAAAGAAGUCAUGGAAACAGUCAUCGAGCGGAAAGACGAAUGGCAUAGCACCGGUAUCUUUACACCAACGAAACUCAGACUCGCAGUCGAUGAACUGGUAAACUCGAAUACCGAUAUUCAAGAGUCUCCCAAGACAUGCCAGGGAACAGACAUCGUAUCUUCCGCCCCAAGAAUUCGAGCACCAGACCGUCGCCCAAACCCAUCCGUUGACAGCAACCCCCGAAUCGGAAAUCAACUCUACCCGACCGCUGAACAACUCAAGAUCUGUGCAGACGCAAAAUACUUUGGCGUGAUAUCGUGCGGCGGAAGUCUCUGUGACGAAGGUCUCGCUCGCGCUGUGGCGGACUCAUGCAACGACAUCCUGAUCGGCGACUACUGCGAAGCUGCCGAUGCAGAGGGACUCGAGCUUCUCCAGCAGGUCGGUGCCGCGGCCAUGUCAUUCUUAAAACUGUGCAAUAUGGCCGGCCGGGUUACGGACUGGCAGUUUGAUAACCUUUCUGCAUAUAUCGUGCAGUGCCGGGUCCUCGGCUACUAUCGUGAUCAUACCCGCUCUCGUCUGCCGGAUGGCAUCUAUGGAAGUCGCAUGACAGGUCUCGCGGUGCAUCGGCACAUCGAUAUUGCUGCUUUUCAUGGAGUUAUGACUGCGUCGCUCGGGACGGGUCAGGAGGUGACUGAGGAGCAAUAUUCGCGGAUCGUCGAGGCAACGGUUUAUAUUAACGAUUUUGUUGAUCUUCGUGGUGAUACAAUGCGCAAGCAGCGUGAGAAUGUCGUGCUCCGUGGAAUCCGAGGGAGUUUGUGCAUCUACCUCGAUAAUAUGAUUGGGAAGUGUUUGGAUUCAGCGGCUGAUGUGAUUGAGUCGAGCGAACUGGGAGCGCUGGUUGUUAUGGGGUAUUGCAACUGGGCUAUCAUGUCGGCCCAUCACAAAGUCUAUGAGUUACUAAAGGGGAUUCGACCAGCUCAAAAACAAUCUGCCUGUGAAUAUGUGUCAGUGUCCCAGACCUUACGAUAUGAACGGCUGAUCGAAGCGCUGAGGCCUUACGGUACCCUUGGCAAUGAUGGACCGCGUGUGUCGAAGAAGAGGAUUGAAAUGGAUAAGACUUACGGUCUCUGCCAAGGAUCUCCAGAAAGGCAUCUCGCAUGGCUUGCUGAUGCUACUCGGAGCUUGUUACAGCCGACAACGCUGAGGCAUAUUGUAGAUGUUGUUCAUUUUGAGUGGAGCGGCGACGUGGGUGCUGUCGAUUAUUGUCCCUGA